AUGCUUCUGUGUCGUACUAAUUGGUUUGCCAAUACACUGGCCCCCAACACUAAUGUACCAAUUAUUGUGAUCAUGGUACUAGUGGCAAUGGGCACGGCAAGUAAGAAUCCUCCUUUAAAAGCAUUUCUAAGCCAUCAGUUAGUUGAGCAUAAAACUUACGUUUACAAGGAUGAUUGCCAAGCUGCUGCUGGUGUAAAACAUAAGCGAUGGGAGUUAAUUAUUUCAUCUUUUGGUCUGGCAUCCGCUUUUACUACUUUGAAAACCCAACUGGAAGCCCUCUUACCAUUGUGGUUGGACAAAGCUGCUAUUUUAGAUUCUUCACUUCUCUUAGAAGAACAGGUGCAAGGAGGAAGACUUUGCUCGGCAAGAGAUGUGAAACGAGUAAAGCAACUAUUUACUUUGAUCCCCUUGUGGACAACACUCCUUGGAUUUGGUCUGGUACUGGCAACGGGGAGCACUUUCUUUGUUAAGCAAAGUGACAAACUUGAUGAAGUUGUGCCCAUAAAUGCUUUCUUUCUAGUUCAGGAUCCUGUUACUCCUAAAUGCGAGUGGAAGGGUAUGGUGAAUAAGGCUUCGAUUGAAAGGUCGAGUGGUGUUGAGUAG